AUGAACAAAAAGCUUGGACUCCAGACAGAUGCUUCGGCUUUGAUACCGAAAAAGUAUCGGGGCGACGAUGAUGAUCCACAUUUCAUUCCCGACUCGCCUCUCAUCGACCGACAGGCACUUACCGCACAAGAGGAGGGGGAGUUGAAGCGCAUAUGCGCCUUGGUAUUGGCCAACGUACCACACUCCGACGACAUGUCGGAUGAUCCUCUCAAAUACAUUGCUGCUCAGAUUCAAGAAGGCAAAGCAGUGCAGCAGCAGCCCGAUACUAAACGUGAGCGGAAACCCGAACCAGCCCCCAACAUGGAUACCACAGCCAGCGUCACGCACCAAUUUCUCGACGUACGAGAUGACUCUGCGACACCCUCAGAAGGUUCUCACCGCGGCACCAUCGAUGCCACCGACUAUUCAACGCCCUUGACGAGCGCUGGCAUAACUCCUGGCGAGACAGCACGACGUUUCUCAGACGCCGCCCGGAAAUCCGUCAACAGCACCAAGAAGCCUGGCAGCAGUCUCCGAAAUGAAUCAACCACUGUGACGACUAAGAGCCGGGCGACCUCUUCUGGCGGCGUCCACAGAUCGAUCGAAGCAAAUAAGCCCUCAGCUGAAGCUGAAGCCAUCAAAAGGACUCUGCGAAUCGUGACAGACGGAUCAUCACGACCCCAAAGUGGCAAUACCAAAUCAAUGGAACAGCCUCGCCCCAUCAGAUUUUCGGUCCCGGACUUGAACAAAAGCCUCCCUCCACCUCCACCUGAGAUGCCUACACCCGAGGAACAGAAGCAGCCGCAUAUCAGCAGAUUGAUGAAGACCAUUCGCAAAAAGAAAAGCAUGACGACAGAAGGCAGAAGUUUCUCGACUGGAUCGACGCCUCCGCUGCCCUCCGCGACUACGCCGAGAACUCCAUAUCCCCAUUCUUCGACAACACCAGUAGCUGAGAAUGCAGCUCAGGAACCUCCAAGGAAGAAAUUCAGGAUACCUCUGUUCCACAGGAGACAACGUCUGGCGGAUGUCCUGGUUACUUGA